AAAAGAUUUAUAAAUACUAAACUAUAUCAUUAAUUCCAAUGUUGCAUUGCUCUAUGAGUUUUUUAUUAUACUGAUAAAUUACAUCAUACGAAUAACCUAUGAAUUUAUUUUGUUAUAAUUCAUAGGGUAUUUAUUAACGAACGAACGAACGAAAAAUAAAAGUAAAGAACUCCAACAAUCAUUAAAUAAGUGACGAAUGAUUUUGUUUAAAGUUUUCAUUUUAUUGCUACCUUUCGUUGUUUACAGUGAAUCGAUUACAAGGAUUCAAUUACAUUCAUCUCUUCAUUUAAACUUAUCUUAUCCUGUAUUGAAUCAUCAAUGGAAUUUAUCAAUUAAACAAUUCAAAAAUAAAUGGUUCCAAAGACUGAUAUCAUCAAAGAAUGGAAUAUAUACUGAAUAUUUAGAAAAUUACCAAAAUAUUGAAUAUUAUGGAGAAAUUUCUAUCGGGACUCCACCUCAAACAUUUUAUGUAAUAUUCGACACAGGAUCACCAUAUUUAUGGAUACCAUCUAAAAUGUGUGAUUCCAGUGAUUUAGCAUGUCAAGUACAUCAUAAGUAUGAUAGUUCGAAAUCUUCAACUUAUAAACCGAAUGGUGAAUUAUUUUAUGUCCAAUACGGCACUGGAAUAGCAUCAGGAUUUUUAAGCUCAGAUUGUGUUCAUAUCGGUUCACUGAAUAUUGUAGAUCAAACAUUUGGUGAAGUUACUCAUCAACCUGGUCAAGUAUUUAUAAAUUUUCAUUUUGAUGGAAUUAUGGGUAUGGGAUUUCAACAAAGAUCACAAAAUUCUAAUCCAACACCUAUAUUUUUGAAUAUGAUUGAACAGCGAUUAGUAGAUAAACCUGUAUUUGCAGUUUAUUUAAAUCUUAAUGAAGAUAAGACAACUAGUGGAGAAAUAAUGUUUGGUGGGAUUGAUGAUAGAUAUUAUACUGGUGAUUUAACUUAUUCAGACGUUGUAAGUGAAGAAUAUUGGAUGAUUAAAAUAGAUGGACUCGACUAGGUUGCUGAAUUUUCGAGAGGUCACUCUGGUGUCACUCAAAAGUUGUCCACAAACUAUAGUCUCACCGCUUUUAUUUUAGUAAUGUACUGGAAAACAGGUCAUAAAUUAGAACUUUAAAAGAGCAAAGAAUCAAAAAGGGAAAGCAUUUUUGGUUAAUGACAUUUCUUAUGAGUAAUUCAUUAUGCAAAAAAACAGUGAUUAAAACUUAAAAAAGCAUCUUCUACACAUUUAAAUCUAUUAAUCAUGGAAAUCUUUUAUUAAAUGCUAAGAUUUUUUUCACUUUAUCUUGAAAAUGUUGAAAGUAUAUCAAUCAACGAUAAAAUAUUUUGUCCAAGUGGAAGUACCGCACUAAUCGAUACGGGUACAGCUUUAAUAUCAGGUCCAACUGAAAAAAUUAAUAAUAUAAAUAAAUAUCUUGGAAGUAUACAAGUAUCUAAUAAUGAAUACAUUGUGGAUUGUAAUAAAAUUCACAAGUUACCAAUAAUCGAAAUAAAGAUUAAUGGCAAACCUAUUCAAUUGAAAGCAGAUGACUACAUUGUUGAGAUAAACGAUACUCACUUAGUCGCUUGUCUUUGGAGUUUUUCUAAUUUAGAAGAUCCUCUGAGUGAAAACUCAAUUUGAAAUGGAAUCAUUCAAUCACCAGAUAUUAAUUAAUUCAUAAAUAAUAAAUAUAAACUUAACAAAUACAAAGAGUGCAUGACAUCCACUAAAAUAUUUGUGGCUUAUAUUAUAUGAGUUGAGGUGUUUACUUUAUAGAAGUUUAAAACAAUUUUCAGUUGAUUAGCUAACACUUCAGUAGCAAUGAAACUUUAAAAAAAUUGAUCAAAAAUUAUUUAUAAAUGGUAAAUGUUUCAAGCUAGUUAACUGUUUGAUGUGGACUACAUAAC